AUGAAUUCCCUCCCAGAACCUGUCUCACUGCCUACCCCGCCUCUGGCAAACGGCGACGCCAUGAGAUCCGAUGCCGGCUGGGUUGUCCAAAAAUUUGGCGGGACCAGCGUGGGCAAGUUUGCGUUCAACAUCGUUGAUCAGAUUGUCAUAGUCGCCGUGGUCUGUUCAGCCAGAAGCAGCUCAUCCAAGGCCGAGGGCACCACAAAUCGCCUGCUGCGGGCUGCGCGGGAUGCCGAAAACCCUGAAUCGCAAAAUUAUGUUACCUUGGUGGAAGCUGUGCGGCAAGAGCAUCUUGCGGUUGCUGAACAACAGCUGCAGUCGAUCGAAUUGAGGGACCGGUUGAUCACAGAGAUUCAUGAGGAAUGCGCUCACGUUCUCAAGAUCUUGGAGGCCGCACAGACCCUGGGGGAAAUCAGCCCUCGAUGUGUUGACAAAGUGAUCAGCACUGGAGAGAAGCUGAGCUGUCGCUUGAUGGCAGCCCUUCUUCAAGAUCGCGGGGUUGACGCGCAAUACGUGGACUUGGCCGAGGUAAUUGACUUCCCAGUCGGUAAUCAGGGCCUCGAUCAAGAAUUCUAUGACCGCCUGGCCGCUGUCCUGGGCGCCAAGGUUGAAGCUUGCACGAUAAAGGUGCCGGUCGUGACUGGUUACUUUGGGCCGGUCCCAGGCGGCUUGCUAGAUAAGAUCGGUCGUGGUUAUACGGAUCUCUGCGCCGCCCUUGUUGCAGUCGGAGUCCAUGCGGAGGAACUGCAGGUGUGGAAAGAGGUCGAUGGGAUCUUCACUGCGGAUCCCCGGAAAGUCCCUACCGCUCGUCUGUUGCCAACCAUUACGCCAGCGGAGGCCGCGGAAUUGACAUUUUACGGGUCCGAGGUCAUCCAUCCCUUCACAAUGGAACAAGUCAUUCGGGCAAGAAUACCCAUUCGGAUUAAGAAUGUCAUGAACCCCAAGGGGAAAGGCACUGUGAUCUUUCCCGACUCGCCGGCAGAGCUCGAGAAAACGACUCCUGGACAUGAUCCAAAGCUUUUCCGGACGCGAAGCUCGAGCCUUCUGUCGCACCAUGAACGUCCGAAGAGACCGACGGCGGUGACCAUUAAACACAAGAUUCUCGUGAUCAACGUGCACUCCAACAAACGCUCUUUGUCGCAUGGCUUCUUUGCAGGAAUUUUUUCGGUUUUGGACCGAUGGCGUCUUUCGAUCGACUUGAUCUCCACCAGUGAGGUCCAUGUUUCCAUGGCUCUUCAUUCGGAAAUGCCACUGCUUAAUGGUGUUGGCCGAGACGAGUAUCAGAUCGUUGAUGAAGACCUCCGCGGGGCCAUUCAGGACCUGAGGAAAUAUGGCACGGUCGAUAUUAUCCCGGAAAUGGCGAUUCUCAGUCUUGUAGGGAAGCAGAUGAAGAAUAUGGUCGGGAUCGCCGGACGGAUGUUUUCGACCCUUGGCGAGAACAAUAUCAAUAUUGAAAUGAUAUCGCAAGGGGCAAGCGAGAUCAAUAUCUCGUGCGUCAUAGAUGAACGAGAUGCCGAUCGUGCGAUCAAUAUCCUCCAUACCAGUCUGUUCACUUUCUUGGAUUGA